GCUGGGGCGGGCUCCAUGGCAACCGGAUGUAAGCGGCGGCGCUCUAGCUGCGGCGGCCGCCUCGGUGGUGCGGCGGAAGGCUGCGUCUCUGUGGUAACGCGGAAGUGCCGCCGGCGGCGGCGCGGGCUGUGCCCAACCGGGUCGCGACCACCUCCGCCUGGCGGCCCCCUGCCGAUGGCGGCGGCGGAGACGCUGGUGCGCGGCCUGGCGCGGCUUCUGCAGGACGCGGGAGACCUCGUCCUGGACGGCUCCAGCACGCUGACGCUGCUCACCCCAACCCUGCAGCACCUUACGCGGGUCUUCGAGCAGCACCUGGGCUUCCGCAACCAGAACCGGGGCUUCGUGGCGCUGCCUUCGCACCCCGCCGAGACCGCCGCCAUCCUCCAGGCACAGUUCCUCUUCGACGUCCUGCAGAAGACUCACUCCUUGAAGCUCGUUCAUGUGUCAAGCUAUGUGUUGCAAUCUGCUGUGAAGAUCUUCCCUUUCAAGUCCCUCCGGCAUCUCGAACUGAGGUCUGUCCCUCCACACUGCCUCCGAGGGCUGCGGUUUGUUUAUUCUCAGCUGGAAUCUCUAACCUGUUGCAAAUGCAUCAGCACUCUGGAGGAAAUCAUAUCAGCAUGUGGUGGAGAUCUCAGCUGUGCUCUGCCAUGGUUGGAAUUACACACUGUGAACUUCAGCUAUAACUCGAUCACUGCCUUGGAUAACUCACUGCAAUUACUGAAUGCUCUGCGAGUCCUGGAUUUGAGCCACAACAAGAUCCAGGAUUGUGAGCACCAUUUAACAACCCUUGCAGAACUAGAGUACCUCAAUCUGGCCUAUAACUUCCUGUCCAAGGUGCCAGACCUUGGCAUCUUCAGCCGAUCCAAGCUGGCGACUCUGAUCCUCCGCAGCAAUGAGCUUGACAGCAUUAAUGGAGUUGAACAGCUAGUGAAUUUGCAGCACCUAGAUGUGGCUUAUAACCUGUUGCUGGAACAUGCCCAGUUAGCACCAUUGUCCACUCUGCACUGCUUAAAAAAACUGCAUUUAGAGGGAAACCCAUUAUGGUUCCAUCAAAGCCACCGAUCUGCAACCCUUGCACAUCUGUCUCCAAGGGCAGCCUCCUCCUCUUUCCUCUUGGACGGGCAGCCACUUUCUUCCUCGGACAUAAUGCACCUUCCAAGACUUGUGCAAAGUGUGUCACAGUCCAUCCAUACUUCUACCUCAGAGAAGACCGCACUGGACCGCAGUGCUCUGGACAGUUCCUGUGCUGCAGACUUCAGUGACAGUCAGUCACCAGCAGAGAAUGUGGCUGCCAGACCACCUCGGAAGAAAAGCAAGGGAAAAGUCAAAGUGCGCAGAGCAAGUAUUUCGGAGCCCAGCGACACAGAACAUGAGCCCCAGGCUCUGCCACUGUCUGCUGGCCUGGUCCUACAGCAUCAGAAGGAGAUGAAACGCUUGGACAGCUUCAGAGAUCGCUUUGGUGUUGACUGGCUGCAGUACAAGAGACACCUGGAGGAGCAUGACCAAGCAGCAGUCAUCUGCCGUAGCCGUUCUGCAGUUGAAACCACAGGCAGACCUGCUGCAAUGGACUUGCAGAGUGAGAGCUCUGACCCAGAGCAGGGAACACCACAGGUAUCACAGAAAGAAUCCUCCCCUCCUUUCCAUGAUAUUGAGAAGGAGGAAGAGCCUGAAGUACAGCUGGAUGAGCCUGUAGAAGAACAGAGGGGAGAAGAGGAGACAGAUGAGCUAAUGCUGGGGGAGGAAGAAGAGGAGAAGCCAGAAGUGGACCUCUGCCAGCCAGUGCUGGUAAGCCAAAUAGAAGGUGAUGGGGACCCAGAACCAGACUGGAUCUUUCUGCGAGUCACAGCUAAACAUGUGGUCGAGGUGGAACUGAAGGCUGGCAGAGUCCUCCACAAGCUGGAGCUGAAAUGUUUGCAGAAGGUGGAAACCUCUGAGAUGAACUGGAAGAGGAUGGACCUGGAGCAAGUUUUCCCUGUCCUCACAUUGCACUUCAGCUACAUCCGCAAGGACCGGCAGAGGCGCAAAUAUGUGGUGCUCGAUGACUGCCCGGAGCAGUGCCUGCAGUGUGUCCUUGAAGUGUUGUCCCCAGCUGUUGAAGAGAAUCGGCGAAAUCAAGACCAGGAGAAGGGAUCCACAAAGCUCCAGUGCCUGAAAUGCAAGCAGGAGUUUUCUCAGUCCCUGGUUCCCUGGCACAAAAGUUCUUAUCCUUCAGAGGCUGAAGAUGCCAAAAUCCUGGAGAGUCUGGCCAUGUCACAUCCAGAUGCUGCAGCACCUGGUGAGCCCAUAGCCUGUCCCAGUUGUUGCAGUGACCAUGUGGUCAUCCUGCCUUCAGAGGGGUACUCCAGCACACCUUUGGCUCCUGGCCCCGACAGCACGAGUGAGGAUCUGUCAGACUCUGUCCUGGAGGGAGGCAGCCAGCAAGAGGGCCCGGAGGAAGCACCCUGUGGGAGUGGGAAGCUCUUCAUCGGCAGGGAGGACAGCUUGGAGAUGGAUACCAGCACCAGGACCCCAGAACUGAGUGGUGCCCACGAUGGCAGCGCUCUCCGCUCCAGCUCCCGCAGUUCAGACGGGGACUGUGGUCAGAGGGAGCUGGGCACAAGGAGCCAGUACUUGUCCCUCAACCACGUAGACACCAAUGGAAGCAGCUUGAUGGGCAGCUACCGUUACAGUGUUUCUCGUGGGCCCACUCCUUCCCAGCUCUCUUUGAACUCUGAGUCUGAGGAAACGUGGAAUCUGAGUCCUGCUGUGAACAGCAUCUUGAACACAAGGGACUUCCACGCUGUGGAUCAUCGCUUGAAGCUCUACCUGGAUAUGGACAUUUUUGAGGAGAACACUGAGGAGUUCCAGUUCUUCCUCAAGGUGGUCAUGGUGAAGUUUGGCCGACAAGGAGAGUUCCUCUCAAUCCUGGUUGCCUCUGAUCUCAAGAUUUACAUCCUGGAAGUCACUGGAGCUAUCAGGGGACAACCUGCAGACUGGCUGAAGAAGAAUGACUCUUACUACCUGUCUGACAUCUCCCAUCUGGAAGUGGGACUCUGCCACCAGAGCUUGCGAAUGGAGUUUGAGAACCCAAAAGCCUCCUACAACCUGCUGAUCCGCAACCAAAGCUGCUGUGACCAGUUCCUGCAGACCUUGACAUGCCUCAUGCAAGAACUGCCUGCUAAACACAGGAGUAAGGUGAAGGAAAUCCCCACUGUGGAAAUGAAUCCACAGCAUUGGCUAUGGCCUCUGCUGGACCCCAAGACCACAGAUUCUGCGGAUGACACUUGCUGCUUCUACCUGCUGGCCUACCUGAUCCAAGGGGCAUCUGCUUUGCCUGUGACCCUGCUGAGCACCCGCACCAUGCUGUUUCUGCUGGAGGAGGAUCACCAGUGGCAGGUGCAGCCCUCCUUGGAUGAAGACAGUGAGGCAGAAAUGCCUUCUAGUAGCACCAUCCAGUUGAAGGAGAAGCAGCUGAUCAGCAGUAUUAGCAGUGUCAUAACCUAUCGCCUCUGUCCUUGUGACAUCAAGCUGAUGCUUUAUGAUGAGGUGCUGAAGGUGGAGAGCACUUGGCACAUCCACACGGAGUGCCCCAAGCUCCUGGCAGAGCUGGUGGAGUGGAUCCGCAGGCCCUGGGAAGAGAUGUUCUCCAUCGAGCUACGGGAGGUCGUGUGCCAGGGGCUGGAGUGAGCUUGCUGGCUGUAGGCAGGCAGGACCUGGAAUCAAAGAGUGCUGCUGUGCUGGCAAAAGUGUCUCCCACUCCCAUCUGACCUUGCUGUCCUGUGGCCUCUGCUGCAUUUGCCUCUGACUCUGUGGUGAAGGAGAAGGGGAGCACACAGUUGUGAAGACUGCACAGUCACUCAUUUGCACUGGGCUGGCCCUGGAAGGAGGAGGUGGAGGGUGUUUCCUGUUGUACUGCAUAAGCUACACAAGGGUUUUAACUUGGCAGUAUCUGCUAGUCUCCUUCAGGGUCACGUGGAGGUCACUGAAGGAAGAGGAGAGCCAAGGCAGAGCAUACUCAGUGGGGCAUGCAGGCAAGCAGCAGGCCAGAGGCAGUUUGGGGUGGUAGUCUUUCUAGCAGGUGGUUUUGCUGCCUUCCAGGCUUUUUCAGAACAACUUCCAUUAUCUGCUGAUGCCUUUUUCUUUCCUUUCCCCUUUUCCUCCCCCUCCCUCUUGUCCACAGCUUCCCUAAAGCUGUCUGCUUCACAGAGGAGCCUGAUUGCACAAGGAGUUGAGUCAUGUUGUACUAAUAAGCCCACAGAGAGUCCUUACCUGCCUGCCUGGCAGGAUAUGGCUCAGUCCUCUGCUGUAGUCUUUCACCAUCACGGGAGGGAGGAGCUGUGAGGCUCUUAGCAUGGGAAUGUGCUGCUCAUCACUUAGGGGUCAGGACCCUGGUAAGGCAGGUAAAGAGCUCAGGCUUUUCUGAGCAGGCCAAAAGCAAGAGUCUAUUUUAACAUGAGUUUUACUAUUUUCUAUUGUAAUAAAAGCUUAUAUUUAUUGAA